AUGGAGAAGUUUCGCCUGGGGGUGAACCUAUACCUCAAAUAUCGCUCAGCCCUGGGCUGUGGCCUGGCAACCCUGCUGACAAUAAGCGGGGAGAGCAUCUUCUCCAACGUGGUGUUCCAGUGCCCCUGCAGCAACAAUACCUGGAACCUGGCCUACGGUUUGGUGUUCCUGUUGGUGCCGACCCUGGUGCUUUUCAUCCUGGGUUACCUGGUGAGAACACGCACGUGGAGGCUGUUGACCAACUGUUGCAAGCAAGGCUGCUGCCCUGAAAGCUGUAACGCUUGCCUGCAAAGUAGCAAGUGUUUCUGGCAGCUUAGUUGUUCGGUUGCUUCUUUGCCACUCACAUGGAUGGCCAUGGCGCUGCUUGAAGGUACCUAUUAUGUAUGUGCUGGCAGCGGGUGGAGCGUAAUUGUACGGCCCCUCUGUUCUGCCAUCUCUGAGAAUGACACUAAAAAAUACGAGGACUGCACUAAACAGAUGCCCCGGAUUCCCUGCAAGGAAUCAAACCUAUUACCCGAAAUGCAGACAUUUCCAAAGGUUCUCAAGGCUCAAUCUCAAGUUCUAGGCUGGAGCCUGAUUGGGUUCGUUAUUAUCUGCCUUAUGAUUGGCGCAAUUGCUUCCCAGUGCGGCUCUCCUAUAGGUUUUCAACAGCUGAAUUUUUGGAAAAUCUAUAUGAAACAGGAAGAGGAGAACUUUAAAAAAGAAGCAAAAGAGCAUGCUGCAGAAUUAGCCAAAAAGAAUGUCAAAUGUUUCUUUAUGCCACCCUCAGAUGCAAAGAACACCGGCAUCCCUUACACCCCAAGCCUUAAAAACUGGAAGGAAAUUUCAUCACUAUAUACUUUUUCAGAUCUUCCAGGUGAAAAUUACUAUAGUUUAUUGCACAAAUGUGCUGAAACUAAGAGUAAAAACAAUUCUGAAGUUGAAGAGAGUGAAAAGAGCUCUAAAGAUAACAAAAAGAUUGAAAGCAAUUCUGGAGAUAAUGAAAGUGGAGAUAAUAAAACUAAGUGUAAAAAACAAACCUAG